AUGGUUCUCUCAGCUGGACUGUGUCAAUGGUUCUCUCAGCUGGACUGUGUCAAUGGUUCUCUCAGCUGGACUGUGUCAAUGGUUCUCCUAGCUGGACUGUGUCAAUGGUUCUCUCAGCUGGACUGUGUCAAUGGUUCUAUCAGCUGGACUGUGUCAAUGGUUCUCUCAGCUGGACUGUGUCAAUGGUUCUCUCAGCUGAACUGUGUCAAUGGUUCUCUCAGCUGGAUUGUGUCAAUGGUUCUCUCACUGAGCGCGAGCCAAUCAGAACAAUGCCAGGUUGAGCACAAACCAAUCAACGCACGGUAUGUGGAACAGGAACCAAUCAAUGCACUCCAUGCUGAGCAGGAACCAAUCAAGGUUCACUAUGCUAAGCAGGAACCAAUCAAUGCACUUCAUGGUGAGCAGGAACCAAUCAAGGUUCACUAUGCUAAGCAGGAGGAACCAAUCAAUGCACUCCAUGGUGAGCAGGAACCAAUCAAGGUUCACUAUGCUAAGCAGCAGGAACCAAUCAACGAACGUUAUGUCGAGCUGGAACCAAUCACCGCAUAUCAAGACAUAAUUUUUGUGGAUGUAAAUCAAUAUUUAUUCUUCUUCCCCAGAGCCCGUGUGUCACGCCAGAGGCUGUCGGUGUCCCUGCGUGAUGACCGGACCCGCUCUUCCUCCUCCAGUUCUUCCUCGUCCUCGUCGUCAUCGUCAUCGUUGUCCAAGGUGGCCAUCAUCACGGCCGCCAACAACAAUGGCGGCCUCGCAGAUGUUCCCGCCAUGGAUGCUUCUCCCUCUGUGGCCUCCUCACCUUCUUCUUCGCCCUCUUCCUUGUUCUCCACGCCGUCCUCCACCUCCUCUACGUGCGAGGUGAAGGAAGGAGGGAGGAGUGAGUGCCAACUUGGCUCUCCAAGUGCAGAGGACGAGGAGUUGAGUGCCAUGGGGCCCGGGAGUGACGUGGCAACUCAGGCGACGCCGCCGGCGCCAUCUUCCCAGAUGAAGUCCGUUGAACCCAUCUUCCUGCGCUGUCCUAAGAGGGUCGAGGAGAACCUGGCUGCCUCUCACUCCUUCGUCAGGUCUCGCGAGGAAGGCCUCACCCUCAGAGGCAUCUCGUCCCCCAGCACGAGGCUUGACACGCGCACCACCGUCGGCGAUGAACUUCAGAUACGACUCAAUGCCAUACUGCGCUCCGGUCGACGGGAGACUGACGUGCACGGUAACUACACGUCGUCCUCCAGUAUUCCAGAGUCGAGAUGCUUCGAGGACGAGAUGAGCUCGUCAUCUCUCACAGAAGCGUCCUCUUACCUCCAGCCUCAAUACUCGAGAGAUCCCAUGGAAGCCUCAAAGCCAGCAGAAACCGACGAUUCCUCGAACCUUUAUAAGGAGUACUCGAGUGCACAGUCGUCCUUGAGCUGGGAAAGAAGUGGGUACUUAGGCACGCAAUCCUGCAGCUCGCUGUAUCAUGCUCACCCCUCCAGUGUGCCGGAGGACCAGUACUCGAGCACUCACCCCGAGUGCCACUCUGCCUUUAUGGACUCAGAAGACGACCCUCAACAUCCAGAGGUCCCCAGGCCCCCUCGCUACUCUGUCUAUACCAUAAGUGGCACGCUAGCAGACCCAUUCGGCACCCGUGCCACAUACUCCCUCAAAAGCCUUUCGACGGCUCACUUUUAA